UAAUAUAAAUUUAAUUUUAUCUAAGAUUUAGUAUAAUACAAUGCUUAACUUGAACAUUUUCUCUUAAAAUGUUCGAUUCUUCUACAGAAGAACCUGCAAAGAAACCAAUCACUGACAAGAACGGAGAUGAACCGAAGCCUGGAGACCUGAUUGAGAUUUUCCGUAAUGUCUACGAACACUGGGCUGUGUACGUUGGUGACGGCUACAUUGUCCAUCUGCUGGGACCGGACGGAAAUUUCUCCUCGUUCAGCACCAUCAAUCUUCCAGUGGGGAAAAACAACAUUCUGAAGCAGAAGCUGCUGGAGGUGGUUUCCUCAGACGAGUGGCUCAUCAACAACAUCCUGGACCAGGAGAAGAAGCCGCGCCCCCCCCACCUCAUCGUGGACCAAGCCAACAAACUCGUCGGCACAACUCGAUUGUACCACGUUACCAAGUACAACUGUGAACAUUUUGCCACUGAGCUGCGCUACGGAGACCCCGAAUCCCAGCAGGUAGAAGAUGCUCUGAAGAUCGGACUUGGUGUGACUGGAGUCUCUUUAGCUUUGGGAGUCGUGAUUGUAGCUUUGCUAGUCUGGAAGACUAACCAGUCAACCAGUAACUGACACAGGACAAGCAUCAGUGGCAGGAUCAGUGGCAGCAUCAAUGGCAGCAUGAGGGGCCUCAAUGGCAGCAUGAGGGGCCUCAAUGGCAGCAUGAGGGGGUGAAGGUGGUGA